AUGCCUAAGAAACUCCCGACCCCGCUGGGCCAUCUGGCUGGAUUUUUCUCGAAGAAGGAGUCUAACCAGUUGCCUCCUCUCCGCGGCCCAGGGAGGGACAUGAAGAUCUACCUGACCAAGCCAUUGCCAGAGCGUUCGAGAGGUGUCUACCGCAACCCACAUCAUCUAGACGAACUACUCCGAAAGACGAUUCAAGAUUACCUGGACAAGGGUUUCAUCGAGAGCUGCUGGCCUGGAUUUGCCUCACCAGCCUUCUUUGUGCCCAAGGGUGACAUGGGCAUGGAUUGGAGAUUCGUGAUCGACUACCGGGACCUCAACGACGCCAGUGCAAAGAUGAAGUACCCCAUGCCUCUUUCGUACGCCGACGACAUCCUGAUCUAUUCAGAGUCGGCCGAGGAAAACGUGCGCCAGACCGAGGAAGUCAUUCGACGACUGGCAGCGGCAGGCCUACAGGGCGACAUCAAGAAGAGCUCCUUUUGCGUCACCGAGGUGGAUUACCUCGGGCUGAACGACAACUCAUGGAAGCCGGUGGCCUACUUCUCCAAGACCUUGUCGUCAACAGAGACGGUAUGGCCUAUCCAAGACCGAGAAUUCCUCGCCAUCAUCCGCGCCCUAGAAGAGUGGAGGCCAGAGCUGAUUCUGUCGGAAUUUGACUACAAGAUGACAUACCGACCCGGGAAGGAGAACAUAAUUGCAGAUGCCCUGUCCCGGAAAAGCGAGAACUUCGAGACCGUCAGAGCCAGAGACCUGGAUUCCCGCACCAUGGAACUGGUCCCGAACGAUCGGGUACCCGCAGAAGUUCUCGAGGAGACACAUGUCGAAGCUGCUCCCCUAGACAUCGCGGCAAAUUCUGAGGACCGCGGCCCAGCACUGAGCAAGCUGAUUCUCACGAUUCCGGGGAAAAAGACAGACACCGCCGAAAGACUGGCCAAGCGAUAUUACCGCCGCGUGUUUGGUCACCUCGGUCUACCGAAGAUUUGGCUCUCGGACAACGGACCACAGUUCAUUUCGAAAUUCAUGGCCAAGGUCAACGAGAUGACGGGAACAGAGCACAAAUUCGGCAGUGCCUACCAUGCGCAGACUCAAGGAGGCGUGGAGAUUACCAACCAGUAUCUUGACCAACGCUUGACGUUUUACGUGUCGUAUUUUCAAGACGAUUGGAGUGAGCAUCUGGCGGCGUUAGACUUCGCGCAUAACUCCACGCCGCACGACUCAACAGGCAUGACUCGAUCGAGGCCUCCCAAGGGCGAGCACCCCACGCGGCUUUCGUUCAUAUAG